UAAAAGUGGAUGUAUUUCACAGGAUAACUGAAAACUUGGACCUGUUGGUCAUUAUUAAAUGAAGAGUUAGAGAAUAACCAAAAUCAUCCAUCUUCUGGGACCGUGAAUUUUUGAACAUAAUAUCAUGGCAUCAAAUAGUUGUUGAGAUAUUUCAGUCUGGACCAAAGUGGUAGAAUGACAGAGACCAAUACUGCCAUCAAUAGAGCCACUUUGCUAGAGUGGCUAAAAAGAAAGAAUAAACAAGUUCAAACAUUGUGGACACAUACUGGAUACUGGACUUAUUCAAUAAUGAGUUACUGUACAAAAUCCUAUGCAAGGAAUGACAACAUUAGAUUUCUUGCUGGCAAGAAAAAAUAAAGUAAUAUUCACAGAGCUGGGCGAAUGUAUGAGAAUAAAGAGGGAUUGAUGGUUCUACAACAUUGUUUCAGUUGUAGUCACGGCUUUGUAUUUAUAUUUUCAUUUACAUUUUUAUAGCACAUUAUGUAAUUUGUAGCAUACAAGCUUUUUUUUGUAAUAAGUGCCAUAGGGUUCUCCAGGUAUGAAAGAAAAGACAAUCUGUCUUGUUACACCCUAUGCGUCAUCUCUUCCUGAAUGAUACAUUUUCCAUUCAUAGGGUUGGAAGUGCCAUGACAUAUAAAUAAACACCUUCUGGUAGCAUUUCAACACAAACUCUUUUUUUUUUUCAUUGACAAUCAUUGACGCAAUUCAAAUAGGCAUAUUAUUGUUGGAAGGUCCUCCACUUCACCCAUUAACUCAAGAGGACAUCCUUUUCAGUUAAGCAACACAAAGAGGAGGGAGCUAAAAGCUUUAAAAAGAGAUUGCGGAGCUCAUUAUACUGCAACAAGCAUCCACAAAACUUCAAGUGCUGCUGUGACAUUUUUAGAUUGUUAAAGUAAAAAAAAAAAAAAAUUAUUGGCAGUCUGUGUCACUGAGCUACAUCUAUAUUUAUUGUGGCCAAGAUGUUUAUGGAUGAGCGGAUUGUAACUCUGUUCAAAAGGAAUGCUCAUCACACAUUGACCUACUGGAGUGUUUUCUUCAGCUUUGGACUCUGCAUCGCUUUCCUUGGACCUACAAUUUUGGACUUGCAAUGUCAAACUAACUCAACACUCAGUCAGAUUACCUGGGUAUUCUUUGCCCAGCAGUUCUGCUUGUUGAUUGGCAGCUCUGUUGGUGGUGUUUUCAAGCGGACGUUGUUCAGUGCUCUUGCUGCUUUAUUUGUCUCUGCUCUCGUCAUCUCUGUAAUAUUUGCCAUCAUCCCUCUGUGCAAUAAUGUUCUCCUGCUGGCCAUCGCCAUGGCUGUGUCCGGUUUGGCGAUGGGUGUCAUUGACACCAUUGCUAACAUCCAACUGGUGACCAUCUAUCAGAAGGACUCUGCUGUUUUUUUACAGGCUCUUCAUUUCUUCAUUGGGUUUGGAGCCCUGGUGAGCCCACUGAUUGCAGAUCCCUUCCUCUCAGAGACGGGCUGUGGGAAUCACACGGGGAAUGGGACUGAGAUGAUGCAUCAUUUCAGGAACAUGCUGAGAAACAGUCCAAUUGCAGAGCACAACAUAACUCAUAGCGAGGGAGGAGGAGGGGAAGAGGAGUCCAUUGUGCACUAUGCUUUCUGGAUCAUGGCACUUAUUAAUCUGCCUGUACCCAUUGCAGUCCUGUUCCUGAUGUAUCGGGAACAGCUGAUCCCAUGCUGCCCCAGCGGCACUCCUCGUCUUCUGGACAAAGAUGAAUUAGCAAUGGAGAACCAGCAGGGGGCUGAGGACCCAGACGUGGAACCGAAGGAACAUGAAGCUGGAGGUCACGGGGAUAUCUUCAGCUGCUGUCAGAAUGAUAACCUGCGCGGCCUGCCAGUAUCCUUCUUUAUGAUUCAUAUCCUCGGCGGGAUGGUGCUCUUCAUGACCGAUGGUAUUGUGGGUGCAUAUGCCGGCUUUGUGUACACCUAUGCUGUGACACCACCAAUGUCACUGCCUCAUAAGACAGCAGGUUACCUGGCCAGUAUCUUCUGGGCAGCGAUCACCGCUGGACGUCUGGUGUCCAUACCGCUCUCAUAUCGUUUCCAGCCUGUGAGACUGCUCAUGUUCAACCUGGCAGGUGCUAUUGUUACCGUGUUGAUGCUGCUUAUUUUCUACACCAGCAGCAUCUUUUUGUACGUUGGUACCUGUUUAUGUGGGCUGUUCCUCAGCAGCAUCUUCCCCUGUAUGCUUGCUUACACUGAAGACAUCCUUGAUUACCAGGGAUGUGCAACCUCAGUCCUGGUGACAAGUGCGGGGAUGGGAGAGAUGGUAAUGCAGGUUCUGGUUGGCUCAAUUAUCCAGACUGAAGGCAGCUACAGCUUCCUGCUGUGCGGAAUGAUAAUCGCCUGCAUUGGAUUUAUCCUCUUCAUUGGUCUCCUGCUGUUCCAUCGAAUGCACAGAAAUUACCUCACGGGAACAUCGAAAAAGUCUGCCAUGGUGGAGGAACCAGUGGCAGAGCAGAAUGGAUCUGCCAAAACAGAACAGAAAGAGGAGAAAGAGAGCAGCUGAGGGGACCACCAGCUGUGUUUUAUCCUUUACUUGUUACUGUGUGAGACGAUUUGUCAUCAAAGACUUGUGAUUUACCAAAAGCCUACCAAAAUGAGCGCUGUGAAAUGACUUGGUAGAUGCAAUGUAGAUAGUGUGCUACUCUUAGAGGUUAGGGUUCAAACUCUUAGAUUGUUUUUCUAUUUUGUGAAUCGCAGACAGUGUUCAUCAAAUUGUGUUCUGUUUUAUAUUACAUUAGGGUUUGAAAUUUACAAUACAAGGAUAAUGAUUAUAUCAGCAGUUUGCCACAGAAACUACACCUUUUGUUUUCAUAUUGUUUAUAUGUAUUUUGGCGUAUGUAAAGGGAAAUAUACAUACUGUAUAAUAUGUCUAUUAAAACGGUUAUACUGA